UACAACUGAAGAAGUUGGUGCAGAAAGGAACUCGUAAAUCUCAAUGCGAAAAUUUUCCAAUGUACCUGAAGGAUUCGUUAAAAAGAUACAAAUUCAUUCCAAAUGGAAAGAAAGAUUUACCAUCGAAUAUUGAACAGGAAGUGACGAAUCUGUGGACGUUGAAUGAGUCGAAACUGGAGUGCGCCGAAAUUUACACGGGACUUCAACUUCUCCUACAAAGUCCAGCCGAGUCCUUGAUUCUCGAGGAUCGAAUUGUCUGGCUACGGGAGCAAGGUUUCAACGCUGAAAUUCAUCCCGUAAUGGAAAAGACACUGUCACCACGUUCUCACGCAAUUGUUUCGUUGAAGAAUAAUAAAAAAUCCAUCAGUUGACAAAAAA